CCGUCGUCGGCCACGUCAACCGGAAUUAGCCGUGCUAGAAACUUCAUACCGCGAUGUGUUCCGCUGAGGCAGUAGGAGGUUGACGUUGUUCCGCGUGCUCUGGUUUGCGUGCUGGGUUUCAGGUCCGUCGGCAAACGGUUCCGUUCAACAGUGUUUCUAGGUGAGGUAUAAGCUCACAGUCAUGUCUAUCACAAGAGGAGUUUGGACUGUGCACCAUCUAGCAGCGUUCUUUGCCCUGUUUGUGAUUUUGAUCGUGGGUGUCCAAGCUCGACCCGCAAACAUAUCAGUCCACAGAAGCAAACAUGUCAACGGUAACGAGGACAAUGAGAUCCUCCCUCCCGACCACCUAAACGGUGUCAAAAUGGAGAUGGACGGCCACCUGAACAAGGACUUCCACCAGGAAGUGUUUCUGGGGAAGGAGAUGGAGGAGUUUGAAGAAGAUUCUGAGCCCAAGAAGAACCGCAAAAAAUUAAUUGAAAUUUUUAGCAAAGUUGAUUUCAACAAGGACAGAAGUGUCAGCGCUAAAGAGCUUCAACGCUGGAUCAUGGAGAAAACAGAAGAACACUUUCAAGAGGCAGUGAAAGAGAACAAACGUAAUUUCCAUGCAGUAGAUCCUGAUGGAAAUGGACUUGUGACAUGGGAUGAGUACCGUGUGAAGUUUUUGGCCAGCAAAGGCUUCAAUGAGAAGGAGGUGGCUGAGAAGAUAAAAAAUAAUGAAGAGCUUAAAGUGGAUGAGGAGACCCAGGAGAUAUUAGAAAGUCUGAAGGAUCGAUGGUUCCAGGCUGAUAACCCUCCCGCUGACCAGUUACUGAACGAAGAGGAGUUUCUCUCCUUUCUUCAUCCAGAGCACAGCAGAGGCAUGCUUAAAUACAUGGUCAAGGAGAUCAUAAGAGAUCUGGAUCAAGAUGGAGACAAGCAGCUGACACGCUCAGAGUUCAUCUCUCUGCCCAUGGGCACAGUGGAGAACCAACAGGGACAGGACAUUGAUGACGAAUGGGUUCGUGAUCGGAAGAAGGAAUUUGAGGAGGUCAUCGACGCCAACCACAACGGCAUUGUCACCAUGGAAGAACUCGAGGAGUACAUGGAUCCUAUGAACGAGUACAAUGCUCUUAACGAGGCCAAGCAAAUGAUUGCUGUGGCUGAUGAGAACCAGAACCACAGCUUAGAACUGGAGGAGAUUCUUAAAUACAGUGAGUAUUUUACCGGGAGCAAGUUCAUGGACUACGCCCGCAACGUACACGAGGAGUUUUAGGACUAUGUCUGCAAUUCUAUAAAGAGAAUGCUGCAAAACACCUAAGGAGACGUGUAUGGGGCUCACAUUUUCUAGGAUCAUGUAUGGUAUUGUCUCCUAGUGAUCUGAUUGGCUCGUUGGAGAGUGAGUGUGUGUGUGUCUGUGUGCGUUUGUAUGGAUGCUAAAUAGCAGCGUCUAGGAUGUUCGUCUCAGUGUAAAGCAUUCAGGAUUCUCUGAUGUUCCUCUUUAAUAUAUUCACACACCAUCUGAAUUUGCCUUCUGUUUGAGCUGCUUUUGCUAGUGUUAAUAUUGAUAUUUUAUAUGAGGAGAUUUUAAUGGGGAGACAUUCAUUGGUUCGAGGUAUAAUCAGGUCUUUCGGUUCGUUCUUGUAAAGAAAGAUGAGAUAAAAACGAAAAAGGCUUUGGCGUUUAUGUGAAAUAUAAAUAUCAAUCUUAAAACAAUUUUUAUAAGAUACUCUUGACCUGUGGACACCUGCUGUUUCCAGAGUUCGAGCUAAUACGAAAAAAACAGUAAUGCCAAAAAAAGUAUUUGUGUGUGUAUGUGUAUAAAAACUUUCUCACACUGUUGCACUCAAGAUGUCAUUUAGUUUUAUUAUAUAAUUAUUUGCUUUUCUUAAUUCGGAAGGAAAUUAAGAAAUGCCCAGUGUGCACGUAAUGCGUGCACACUGAUUAUUACUCAAUAAUCAUUUAGUUCAGACAUUGAUCUUGUGUAGCCUUCCCUUCAUAUCCACCUGAGAAGGAGAGAUAAUAGAUUCUGUAGAAGUUUUUUUUGAGUAAUUUUGCUCAGUUAUUUUUUUUUCCAUGUUGCCUCCAAAAGUUCUGGUCUAAAAAGAAUCAGCAGCUCAAUGGCUCUGGAAACAGCACUGCUACUGUGAGACUCUGCAAUACCUCCCUUGUGCAUUUGUUUUUUCACGUAACGUGGAUCCUUGCAUCCCUGAAAUAUACGCAGAAGUUGCUGUCUCAUUCCCAAGAUGAAAAUAUAGCACUUAAAAAUGGAUUAAAUCUGUUUAUUGUGAGGUUGGGUAUAUUAAUGUAUUAUUUUAAACAUAUAAAGAAUAUUUUCUUAAUUUGUACAAGUUUUGUUGAAGUAAUAAUUAAUAGGUUUCCUCUAUUCCGAGAGCUUCGCAUUGUAUCUGAUUCCAUUAAUAUUACGUAUGCUCUCUUGGCUAAUUUAUUACCAUCUUGUGCAUGAUAUGGGUUGAUAAAGCUAUCUGUGUACAGUAUAAUGCCUUUUGGCUUGUGGAAAUGUUUGAUUUAAAGCUGUUUCUUUCAGCUGUGUGCCCACAUUUUGUUUCAGCUGCUGAAUGUUUAUGAAUUAAACAAUGCUGUCUAAACUGA